AUGACGGCGCCGCUGGGUCUCGAGACCAAGACCCAACGGGGUAUCUUCGUCACGUACAUGGGGCUAUGGGUGAGCUACGGGCUUCUGAACGAGCUAGCCAAGCGAGAGAGUGUGCGCUUCAAUUCUGCCUGCGCUGUCGUGAUACAAUCGCUACUCAAACUGGUAAUAGCGAGCUACAUGUACCUGACGUCGGACGCUCAAGUGACGGAGACGCUUACUACACGCAUCCGGUUCAUGCUGUCCCAGGCGCAGGAACACCGUCAACUAUUCCUGCUUUACUUUAUCCCAUCCGGACUCUACGUGGUCUACGACGUGCUGUCUUACAUCAACCUGCGUGCAUUUGACGCUGCCACCUACUUCCUGUUGCUCCAGUUCCGGCUCGUGAUCACGGGUGUCCUGCAUCAAGCGAUGUUCUCCAAAAGACUGAACCGCAAUCAGUGGGUCUCGUUGGGUGUCACGACGGUGGGAUGCGCUAUUAAGACUCUGGGCUCGCAGGAGCACAACGGUUCUGCCAAGUUGGGUGCCCACAGCAAUGCUCCGACACUCAUGGCCUAUGGGCUACUGAUGGUACAGAUGCUCAGCAGCACAUUCGCUGGUGUGUACAAUGAACUUCUUCUUAAGAAGCAAGCUACGAUCCCGGUGAACCUACAGAACGUCUUCAUGUACAUCGACUCUAUUGUCUGCACGAUGGGGAUGCUCGCACUGGGAUUGACUGGUCAGACGGCUCAGGAAGCUCUGACGAUUGCCAACUUCAGUGUCCUGUUGUCGCCUUAUGUGCUGCCCAUGGUGCUUAUUAUGUCGUUCAUUGGCGUGGUAACGAGUCUCUUCCUUAAGCAGCUAGACUCGAUCCGCAAGGCCAUUGCCAGUGCAUUGGAGUUGGUCUUCCUACCGUUGCUAAGUGCUGUGCUAUUCGGCCAACCGAUCACGCUGUACACAGUGGCUGCUGUUUGCUUCGUGGGGUUUGGAGUCUACAUUUACUCACUGCCGGUAGAGACCACAGGGCUGCCUCACAAGUCUGCUUAA